AUGGGGGUCGACACCCGCAGACCCGUCCUCCCCGCUCCCACAGAAUCCCUCGUCGAUACAACGGGCGGCAGCACUACGGGCACAGAUCUGGCAACUGACCUUUCUCGCCGCACAGACAAGACGUCGUACUCAAUCCCGGACGACGGUAGCCCCAUCACUGUCUCCACCCGGCGCCAUCGGGACCGGGACGACAAACUGUCGCGCUCACACAGAGACUCGCAAACCUCCCUGCUCAUCGAAUAUUUCGAAGGCGGGAAGGAAACCGGUGGCGUCGUCUCUAGGCCUAGCGUACGCGUUCGAGUUACCCCAUCCGGGGCCCGCAAGUUCAAGGAUAAGGACCGUAUCCAGAUCACCGAGUCCGGCAGUCGCAAGCCCUCAUACACCCGGCGCAUCUCUCUUACCUCGCCCGGUUCCAAGUCCAAGCAAGUCUCCGAGUCUAUCUUGGAUGAGCAGAGCCUCAGCGAAAGCAACUCGGCUGACGAGGAGAGUCCAACUGCGUCGAGACGCCCACCCGUGGAGAUUGAACUGCUAAAUCGCGACCACGGGAGUGAGCUUUCCACUGUCUCGCGCGAUACCAGAUUCGUGCUCCCAUCUUCCGACAUCUCGUCUAUGCCCGCCGACAGUAUGCUUGACGCUACUUCCUCGGCCGGUCCCCGGCGCAAGCGCAGUCAAAGUCUCGAGCGAGGUUCUAGUCGCGAUGACAAGGAUCUAUUGAAGACACCGUCUCGACAGCGCAGUCGCAGCCUUAGCAAGGAGCGCAUUGCUCACCGGGUGGCCGAGAAACUGAGUGGGUCGCCGCACGAAGUGUCUAGCGGCAAACACAGACACAAGCACAGGAGUAAAAGCUCCCGUAAGGAUUAUUUGGAGGCUGAGCCCAAAUUAUCCCGUCGGAAGCUCCAGGAGGACGAUAUCAUUCCCAGUGCCGAAUCCAGCUUGCUGAGCACCUCCGCCGUCUCAUCCAACCGCAAGUCUGGUGAUCAAUAUUCCAUUCGAUCGGGCGCCUCAAAAUCCUCGAUCAACAACCCGAAACUGUUGGAGACGGUAGAAGAUGCCAUUCGUCGAUUGAUUCUGCCUGAACUCAAAGAGCUCAAGAAAGACCAAAAGGUCAUGAAGAACACCAACAAGUUUGAGCGAGACCGCGAGCGCGAUAUGAUGACGAAUUACUCAUCAACCAGCUCUCGAGAUGAGCUAGGUCGACGAUUGUCCAAGCACUCGAGUGCACCCGACAUCAUCAAGCCAAGAGUCCUUUUGACCAAGGAUAGCAAGGAUGAGGGUAUUGUUUUGGCCGAGUCCGGUCCGCGAUCCAAGGACAUUCCCAAGACACGCAAAUCCAGCAAGAGUAGCGAGACUUCUGACAAUGCCUGGGUGAAGUGGGGUCGACCGGAGCUCACUGAGCAAGACAAGCUUCGCCGACAGAAGAGCAAAGGCCUUCGAGACGCCCAGGCAGCCGGACGCGUGGGCUCCGCUCUCACCGCGGCGUCUCUCAAACAUCACGAUUCCCAGUCUAGCCUUGGCCAAUCCGAGCGAAGGGACAGUGACUCUCGCAAGAGCGUUGAGAAUUUCAACGUCAAUGAGACCGAACUGGUUUUCAAGAAGCACAAUGUCCCCCGCAUGCCCAUGCAUAGCGAGAUUGAUUCUGAGCUGACCAGGGCCUCUCUGCUGUCUGAACGCACUGAAAGCCCUGGCCCGAACCAGAAUAUCUUCCAUGGUGAGGUGCUUCACGGAUCUCCACGACAGCUUGCUUCUCCCGCUUCACGGACGCCCACGCGAACGCCCUUAGAUGCAGGACAUGAACUUGGGAUGCGCCAUGGCAACCAGUCCCAACGCGAUCUAUCUGUCCAUAGCGCCUCCGACCGCGACCUACGCGCUAAGAGUCAGUCGCCUGGCACCGACCAUGGAGACUGGGCGAUUGCCGCUGCUGCUGCCGCCAACCUGCUUGAUGCUGCCCACCCCACUCAUGAGGAUCGGUAUGAGGCUGGCCGAGCUUUGAGUCCUAUUCAGAGCGUGGCGAGUGAUCAAACUGAGACCCACGGCCAGCAUCAAACCCAGCACCACCCCGGAGUUGAACAUGAGAUGGAACCCCGCCUCUCGAUUGAUUCUUUGUCUUCUGCGCCAAGCACCAAUCUAGCCCGAUCUACUCGAAAUGGCGUCAGCCCCCACAGCCAGCAGGGUGAAUACCAGCAUGACCAGGAUGGUCCAGAGCUUGGAUAUGAGCAGUCGCGACACGCUUCCGAGGAAGAUCUGUACGGAAACGAUGAAGAAUCACGACGCUCGCUGGGAUAUGAUGACAGCGAAGUCGAUUUCAUGGAUAGGGUCAAGGAGGGCCAGCAUGUGGCGCAUGGCGCGGCUGCCAAUCCCCAAUUCAUUCACCCUGUGGGUGUCGAGUCUGCUGUCGCUUCCUUGAUGGAUCCCUCCGUUCUCGAGUCCCAGUCAUCCGGUCACUCUGGCAAUCGCUCUCAGACAGAAUUUGAGCGUGCUGGUAGCCGAAGCCCCGAGAAGCGCGGCAGCCCUCUGAAGCAAGUCCAAGAGGCACCUAGUCUCGACGAGACCUCUUUCCCUAGACGAAUGGGUGUCACGUCACCGCCUCAGAGUGUCACUCAGUCUAUCGAAGAGCUCGAGGAAGCUGGCAUGGCCGCCGCUGCUGCACGUGGCCUCGACAGCUCCUUUGCUGAUGCCGAGGCGCGCAGUCAAGAGUCCGAGUCGGAGAUCAAUACCAACCCUUCCAUCAUUCAAGGUCCCAUUGGUGGCGUCGCUCCAGUGGAUCAGGAUCACUGGGGUGCCGCACCGGUCUCUUACUACGACUCUCCAGCUGCUCAAGCCGGUGGUGCCAAAGAUCUUGCCCAAGGCCAGCACAGAUUCGAUGCCGAGUACCACGAGACUGCCCGAAACAUCUUUGGUGGGGACGACUACUACGUUGAGCAGCAUGACGGCCAGCUGUUUGGCACGCCUCCUGGUGCCAAGGAUGAAGGCUACGUCUCGGCUGCAAACCCCAUGUCCCCCAGCAUCGGUACUCCCAAGCAAGCGAGCCGCGGCCUGGGUGCCGACGUUGCUGGUGUUGGUGCUUUUGACAACUCUGCCGAGGCGGAUGAUCCGUUUGCUUCAAAUCAUCAGCGCCACUUCAGUGGAUACUCUCAUGGUGUGGCGUCACCGCUGUAUGACAGUGCUACUGGACGUGGAAUUGAGAGGAUUCAGUCCAAGGAUAUCGUCGCUCUGAUGGAUCAUCUCACGGUUCGCGAUGCUCAACGUAACGCCAGAGAUACCGAGAUCCUGGUCACCUUGGUCCGAAGCGCUGCUGAAAUGCGCACCUCGUUUGAAGAGAUGAAGAAAUUCAUCGCUCAGCAGGAUGAAAUGCUUCAAGAUUCCAGUGACAAGCAGCAUAGCCAAACCCUCCGGGCUCUUGGUGGACCUCGACCUCUGCCCCCAAGUGGCUCUCGAAGCCGCCAAUUGAACAUGGAGGAUGAGGAAGAUCUCCAGUCCAAGCGGAAGAACAUCUUCAAGCGUGCUCUGAAGGGCUUGAGCCUGAAGUCUGGUAAUGACCUUGCCAAGAUUGAGGGUAUGCUGGAGCAGUUGCUUGAUGAGGUUGAGGCCCUGCGUGAAGGGCAAGGUUUCACCAGUCCUCGCAACGGUACUCGAGGAGCCAGCGUUGACCCGAUCGAGCACGAUACAAAUGAUGCUCCUUUGGGCAGCCGCUCUCCUUACUUGGGCAGCCCUCGUCCUGCCACUGCGGAGAAGCGUGUCGACACUGUCCCUGAAGAGGAUGACGACGACAUGGAGAUCGAUGAAGAUGAUCCUUAUGUGACUGCUCAUCUUCCUAUUCAAGAGCCUGCCCGCCACGAGCGAGCUGGGUCCAUGCCUCUUGCUACACCUCCUCGCAAACCUGUGGCAACGGGAGCUCGCAGCACGGAGACGACCCCCAAGAACUCCGCCGAGAAGGCCCGCAAGCACAAGUCCAGCAGCUCGUCAAUCUUCCCCAAGUUCUCACGCUGGUCCAAGACGACUGCCUCGUCGAUGGGUGAUAACAUCCGCAAUAGCAUCCAGCCCAACCGCAAGGAGCGCCCUUACUCUGAAGUGUCCCGCUCUGGUUCAGACCUCGCCCAGGAUACAUACAAGACGGGCAACUACUAUGAUCCCGAGGGCGAUGACCGAAUCCGGUCCACCUACGCACUUGAACAAGGGCAAGAGGAGAACCGACCCCCAUCCCCGCUGGUUCCCUCCCAGGUUUCUGAAGCACCCAAGUACCGCGCCCACCGCGGUAGUCUAGAUCUGCAGCACCCUCAGCCUCGCCAGGGUCCCACCGGCCGGUAUCAAAACCAGCUCGAGAGCCAGGCGCAGAGCUACACCACUCCCACCUCCCCCAACUCUGAACAAUGGGGAUCCAAUCCCAGCCUUCCACCCGUGAACCCCAACCAAAAUCGCUUCAGCGCAGGAAGCCGUCUCUCUCCUAUCUCUGAUGCGGGCUAUUCGGAGACCAGCUCCCGUACUCCAGGGCCGCCCCGCCCUCCCAAGGUCAAGGAUACUGGACCUCUCGUCCCCGAGCGGCCACCCAAGGUUCCCGAGGAAGAGGAUGAGGCGCAAGCACAAAGCUCCAGCGGCGAUCGCGUUGCUUCAAGGAGCUCUGCCAUUCGCUCUCCACCAACCCGCAAACCAACGGGACCCCGACCUCUGACGUCCGGCGGUGCCUACAGCCCUAGCAACAUCCAGCGUACGCGCUACCGCGGCAGUCCGAUGCAGAUCGACUAUGACGAUAAUUAUUGA